UAGAAACAUUUAGCUGAAAAUUCAUUUUAUUAAACUCCAAAAAUCCAGUUAAUUGUUAAUGUCUGGAAAAUAUCCGAAUUUGCCUGUAAAGAAUAUUUCUGAAAAGAAUAAUGAACCGCAGGGCGCCGACAGGGAGGCAAGUUAGGGCGAUUAUUCAUUUGGAUUUGGUCGCUAGCAUUUAAACAAGAAGUAUUUCUCUAGAAACAAAUAAUCGACAUACAGAUAUAUUAUUAAAAAGUGUAUCUCAACUUGGAAAAAUUCCUGACGGCGCCCAUGUUAAAUAGUAUUUAUACCUUAUGCAGGUUAUUUUUAAAAAUUAUAUUCUUGUAGUCCUAAUGUCGACUAUUUAUUAGCUCUUCAAUCUCAGUACAUUAACAACUUGCAAAAACAAGUCUAUUAUUUGGAAUCUGAACUGAAAUAUUUUAAAACUUAUAUCAAGGAAUCAGGAAAAUGUCAUCCUGGAUUAAUAACAGAAAUGGAAAAGGUGAUAGACAAAUUGAUGGAGACAGAAAAAACAAACCGUUGCCUUCAAGAUGAAGUAGAUUGUCGUCAAUUGAUAAUUACUAAACUCAAGAACGAGAAAAGUAUGAUAAAAAAUGAAAUGAAGAUUGCAGAAGAAAACCACAUGAGUGAAAAAACAACAUGGAUUGGAGAAAUUGUUGAACUUCGUAAAGUAAAUAACCAAUUAAAAGAUACUAUAGAUGAAUUAGAACAGAGUUUAAACAGCUUCAAAAUACGUGAAAGUGCGACCAAUAAGAAGUUAUUAGAAAAAGAAGCAUCAAUUAAACAAUUGACAGAAGAGUUGUCAACAACUAGAGAUAUGAUCGAAGAAUUAGAACAAAAUAUAAAAAUUCAACAAGAACAGUUUUAUAAAGGGAAAUUCAAAACAGAAAAGACAGAUAGUAAAAUUGCGGAUAACACAAUUAAAUUAAAGAAGGAAAUUCAACGAUUGCAAUUAAAACUUAUGCAAGUUGAACAAGAAUUAGAAAACGAAAAAGUGCUAAAUGAAAAGUUAAUUGAAAUUAGAGAUAAUUCAGUUUCAGCCCAGUUAGAACUGGAAUCUGAAUUGAUUGAUUUUAAAAGUAAACUAGAAAAGGAAGAACACGAAAGAGCUCGAGUUGAAGAUUUGCACGAAGAUUUAUUGAAAGAGUUGGCUGAAAUAAAAGCUUACGAUAUCCAGCAGAAAGCUUUGAUAGAACGGCAAAAAAGAGCAAUGGAAACGAAUAAAGAACAACAAGAGGAUCUCGAAACAAAACUUUCAGAAGAAUACCUACAAAAAUUAGAACAAGAGCAAAAAGUAAAUGAGCUUCAAAAUAAAAUAGACUCAUACACCAGGAAAAUAAAAGAAUGUUUAGAAGAGAAUUCAAUUUUUCAGCGUGAUAAUAUUUUAUUGAAUGACAAAAUACUGUUUUUAGAAGAAAAAAUGAAAUUGAAGGAAGAAGAAAUAGAAAAAAUGAAACAACAAAUUCUAGAAAUGAAACAAUCAGUAGAUUUAGUUUUAAAGCAAAAUGAAGCUGCCGUACAAAUACAAGAUUGUCGUUGGCACCAUAUAUUACAAUUAGCUAAUGGGAUUCAACAAUUGAGUAAAGAUGCCAUGUGUGAAAAAUGUUAAAUUAUAAUUAUUGUUCCAAAAUAAAAUCUUGAAUUUUUAUGCGAAAUGUCAAAUAUUAAUAUAAAUUAAUCCAUUUUUAUUAAAUUAAUUUAUAUUAUUGAUUUGCCACUUCUCUGUUUUAUAUUUUAUAGAAGCAUUAGCAAUAAUUCUAUCUCUAUAUUAAUUAUACACAAAGAUUUAUUGCAAAAGUAUAAUUAUGCAUAAUUAUAC